CAUUAAUCGUCCAGGAUUUAGAUCGAGUAGACAAUUCAGUUGAUAAACUGUUAUUUCUUGUGUAUACCUAGAUUAUCUAGUCAAAAAGACUAAAAAACUAUUUAUUAGCUUUGCCAUAGUUUAAUGAAUAUUUUCAGAUAACAAUGAGUAUUGUAGAACCUCAAAGUGAACUUUCAUACAUGGGUGAACCAACUUCACCCGUGGAAUCUCUGAGUGAGAUGAUGACAGUACUCAAUGGUAAGGGUAAUGAGAAUAGCGAUUCUGAUAGUUCUUACGUCUUAAACUGCAGUUCUGGCGAUAGCGAUAGCGAAAAAAGCUACACAAUCAUUAGAAAGAGAACCGAUAAAGACAAAAUGCUUGAACUGAAACAAAAGCUAAGAGAAAACUAUAAAACUUAUAUAAAAACAUUACAAAAAUGUAAAGAUAAGCAGCAGAAGUUAAAAAAUCAAUUAGAUGAAACUGAAAGGGAGUUGAUGAGGCGGUGUAGAGAAUUAGAACAAUCGAAGAAAGAAUGUCAACAUUUAUCUCUUAAACUAUCAACCAUAAAAAAGACAAUUCGUCCGUCAAAGAGAAAGUUUUCAGACAUCGACUCGUCUGAUUUAUCAUCGGAUGAUGUUCCAAGAAAGAAGCGUAAAAAGAUAUUUUCUAAUGGUCUUCGUCGUAAAAGAAAUGAGAUUAUCCGCCAAGGUAAAAUGCUCGAAAGACAUUUACUCAAUAUAUUUGAAGAAGAAUUUCAAAAGGAUGAAAAUGAAAAUGAAAAAAACAUUGAUAUAAUUACGAGUAAUGUCAUAGAAUCUGCUCAGAUCAUAUCCAAUAUGGUUCUUACUGUAUUGGAAGGUAGUAGUAAACAUGAAUAA